AAGCCACACGUGCUUCUCACAAUUGCAAACAAGCCCACGUGGAUUUGCCACUCACUGCUGCUAUAAAUCGUUGAAUCGGUGUUUUCCUCAAGUAACAAGUCGCAAUCACCGUUCUAGAUGUCUGCGGAGAUCAUCGAGCGAUGCGUUCAGCUGAGCAGGCGAGAAACGCGCGUUUUCUCCUCCUGUACGCUUCGCAAACAGGACAGGCCGAGGCGAUAGCUCGUCGACUGAACAACGCCGCUCUGGAGCGAGGUUUCCAGCCCGAUCUUCACUGCGUGAGCCAGUUCGGCCGCGAAUUUGACCUGACCAAGGAAAGCUGCUUCAUCGUCGUCACGUCCACGACGGACGAAGGGUUAGUGCCCGAAAACGCCCGUCGUUUCCUGCGAUACUUGCGUAAGGCACCGGAUGGCCUACUGAGCGGAACCAAGUACGCCGUUCUCGGGCUCGGCGACACCAACUAUAACAACUUUUGCAACGGCGCCAGGACUUUUGAAAGCCAGUUCGACGCCUUGGGCGCCACGAGGUUCUACGAGACCGGCUACGCCGACGACGCUGUGGGUUUGGAAAUCAUCGUAGAACCGUGGAUCACGGAACUGUGGGAGGCGUUGCAGUGUGCUCUGAGUCCUGCCGCUGCCGCCACACGUGAAAUUCAAAAGGAGGGCCUACUGCCGGAAGUGAAUAUGGAAGAGACAAGUCUCACAUGCUGCAGUCUAUCCGCUUCAACGGAGCUGACGCUUCCGCUCAUGAAAGAUCCUGUGGUAUGUGUGCAGUUUGACUCGUCCAGCGCGGCCGUCGAGAAGGCGUCUGACAGUGAAGUCAUCUGGCAAGGAGGUCAGCCGCUGCCUUUUCAAGAAUCGAACGUUUUUCACGUCGCCCUAACGUCGGCGAAGCGUCUAACAUCAUCAGACGAGGUCAAAGAAGCCUGGGAACUGGAAUUCCAGCUGCCCGCUGGCGGUAGUGAACCUGGCGUCAGCUUCAAACCGGGUGACUCGUUCGGCUUUCUCUGCGUCAAUCGCGCAGCCGAAGUAAGCUACGUCAUCGAUAGGCUGGGCGUUCCCGGUAGCCACUUGGUUGCCGUGACGCAUGCGCCGAAAGCGCGUAACAUGGACCACCUGCCUAAGGCGCCGCUUACUGUGGAAAGGUUGUUGACUACCUGCUGCGACGUUAGGGGUAUCCCGAAGAAGAUAUUCCUGAGGACACUCGCAGAGUUUACCCCAGAGGCGAGCGAGAAAAGGCGCCUGCUGGAGCUUAGUAGCAGAGAAGGCAGCAAGGACUAUGUACGCUUCAUCCUCGAAGCAAGAAACACCUUCCUCGAUGUGCUAAGGGCUUUCCCAAGCUGCAAGCCUCCUCUGGCUGCCUUGUUGGAGCACUUGCCGAGGCUCCUUCCACGCUACUAUUCAGUCUGCAGCUGGUCCCCACGGGACGACAGUGUUCCACGUCAAUUCAGGAUACUCUACAAACGAUGCCCAAUACCCGGACGUGAUGAAGAAGGCCUAUGCACUGGCUGGCUAACAGAUCUCGCCAAGAGAUGGCACACACAGCAGGACAUUGUGUCCAGCAUGACGUCCUUAUCGCUGAGUGAGAAGGCGUGGAGCAGAGUGCCCAUUUAUCUGAGGAAAAACAUGAGUUUUCAGUUUCCUGAAUCGUUGAACACGCCCGUUGUUAUGAUUGGACCGGGCUCAGGUGUGGCCCCUUUCCUUUCAUACCUUCAGUGGCGUGAAGAAGCCAUGGAUCGAAGCGGUAAAUGCGAAGUCUCGGAGACCUGGCUGUUUACGGGUUGCCGGCACCGCAGCUUAGAUUUUCUGUAUGAAGACGAACUCUGUGAACUGGUAAAGCAAAACGUUUUGUCAAAGCUGAUUGUUUCAUUUUCGAGAGAUGCUGGCUGUGGAGACGUCACCACAGACUCCGAGAUGAAGCACAGAAAAGCAGAUGAUCUAAAUGAGAAAGAUGUAAGCUGUUCAAAUUGGAUCCGUGGUGGAAAGUAUGUUCAAGACAGCAUGAGGCUUUGGCCUAAAGAUAUAGCCAGGCUGAUUUCCCUUGACAGCUCCCAUGUGUAUGUGUGUGGCGAUGCGGUCAGCAUGGCAACUAGUGUGAGAGACACAUUCGUAGAGAUCCUUGUUGAUGAGCGCAUUGUUGCGAGCAAAGAAGAUGCUCUUGCAUUUGUGAAAGAGCUUCAGAAGCAAGGCCGGUACCUAGAAGACAUUUGGACUGCAUGAUGUUUCUGACACUUAGGUUAUUUAGUUCAUUGUCUUCAGUGGUUUUAUAUUGUAGGCUUACUUUGUAAGCGUAGGAUGGAAUCGAGGAAAGAAGAUGCAAUUUUAGUACAUUUUAAUCAGUAAACAGCUAGGACAUUUUUAAGUGCAUUAAAAGCUGUGUAGUGUGUGCAAGCAGUAAAGAAAAAAGCCUGCCUUGUAUGCUUCUUAAUGAGAAAUAAUUGUUGUUGUGUUAUACAAUGUUUCAUGCCAAAUUCAUAUUAAAAGGACACUAAAGGCAAAUAGAAAUUUAUGUCAGAGUGAAAGGUCAAUGUUUGAGAAUGUCUAAAACGUCAAUAUUAUCAACAGCAGUGCUUUAGUAAUCGAAAAACUAAGGUAAAUGUCGGACACUAUAUGCGCCACCAGUGGGACUUUUUGGAAUGAGCCCGAUGACGUCAAGAGUUCCGAGUACAAAUUAUCACUAUUAUUCAAACUACUUAUGAUAAAAAAAGAACAUUCCGAGCAUUGCAAGACGUAAGAAAAUGCUGCUUGUACAUUUCUAUUUGAUUCAUGAAAAAAAGAACGUUACGUUACAGUGAAGAACGGCACGGGUAAUGCAAAAGUUCUGUUUUUGCAGGGCUGCUUUCUGCUCGUGCGGUUGCAUCUCAGUGAUAGUUACGUUAUUGCGUACUGCUGCAUGUGCCGUCUACGCUCAUUAAAACCGCUUUAACGGAAACUUCGACAAAAUGCCGUGUCUAUGUGUUGUUGUGUAAUGUGCCCUUCAGAGCAGAAACCACAGUGUUGGCUGCUGGGCAGUAAAGGUGGGCAACAUUGAGCAAGGCAAAUUCUAUGUUGGGAGGCCUUUUCAGGCGUGUGAUUUGAAGUGUACUAAUGCUGUGCAGACCACUAAAGCGCGAUUUUCAUUCAAAAUAAGCAUUUCCUUGGCA